AUGGCGGGGAUUAACAAUGGGGUCCAUAAAGUGCUGAAGGAGGAGUAUGGCCUCAAAUAUCUGGUUCUUAUUCGCUGUGUGUGCCACUCUCUGCAGCUUGCUCGCAGGGAGGCUUUCAAGGCCUUAUAUGAGACCAUCAACUGGGGAGAGAAACCUUUACAGAUAACCAAGAGUGCCCUGCCUGCUGCCUCGAACCCUAGAGGAGCCAACACGGCACAGACCAGCAGUGGAACCUCUGUGGCCACAGAUAGUACACGUGAAAGCGCCACCUCCGGUCUUCCUGUCCGCAGCACCUCCCAGCUCCAUAGGCACCGGAAUGGUGGUGCUGGGAGAGGGAAUCGACAGAACCCUCUCUGGACGUCCGCGGGUGACCAGCAGGUUAUCCAGCCAAAUGGACAUGUCCACCAGCUGGUCGAAGGGGCGCACGCUAGAUUGUGUGCUAUGUGCCCGCGCAUCGUCCCUGACGAGAACGAUGAGAACCCGCUAUUGAUUUCUGACGCCGCCAACCUGAAGUUCAUCGUUAUCAUCUUGGCCGCCGGGAUGGUGGCCUUCGUUGGAGCAGUCAUCUGCAUCAUCGCCGCGGUCCAUACCGGCUCCGCUGCCGAAUCUACCCAGCAGCCUGUGGCAGACAACCAGUCGCAGUCUCCGGACGCUGGAGUGCAGCAGACUUUCCCCGGGGGCUCCGUGGCGCGAGCGGGUCCACUGGGCGCUCUCCAUGGUUCUGAAACGCAGGACGGAGAAGCGCCCACUUUCUUCCACGUCCCCAGCGGCUCAGACAGCAUUGGUGGAACUAGGCAGGUUAGCAGACUUAUCUGCACCCCAGUCCCCGCCGGAGAAUGCAACCCCAAAAACUUUCAGCAACAAGCCGACGACCCGUCGCUGUUCGCGGGUGAGGACUGGGGAUACCUCCGCACCACGGCAGAGGAACUCAAACAGACAGUUCUCCAGCAGAAGGACCAGAUUAUCACCGACCAGCGGACCAUUAGGGAUCUGUCAGGCAAGCUUUCGGAGUGUGAGAGCGGAAUAGAGGGGCGUAGAGUAGCGGAGAGUAGCGCGGGGCUCUGGGGAGGUAAGAGGGUUGAUGAGGGCCGGCUCAUGGUCCGGGACAGUGCUCCGUCAUCGUCUGUGGCACAGCUGCUCACCGCCCAGGCUGUAGGCGAGCUGGAACAGGCUAUCGUUCAGAUGAAAGACCGCAUAGAGAAACUGGAGUCAGAUAUCGGUCCGCUGGCGCUCUCUCACAACCACACGGAUGCAGCAACUGCGGUGACUUCAAGAAGGGCAGGUGGUGGUGGGCUCUCUGAGGCCCCUGAUCGUUGGGGUGAGGCAGGGCUAGUGGGGCAGGCCCGGACAGGGGAUGGACCAGAGCAGUGGCCACGGAUGGAGGAUCUGGAGGGAGAGCUUGAGAGGAAGCUUGAACUCCUGGAGAAGGAGAGGAAGGCCCUGCGAAAGGAAUCCCAGAGACACAGGCAGGAGAUUGACCAGGGGAUCAACUCCCUACACCACCGCAUUGCUGGCCUGGAGGAGGGACUCUCAGAGUACACCUACCCCGAGGGCUACAAGCUGUCCUUCCCAACACGUACCAACUAUAUGUACGCGGUGGUACAGCACCCCAUCCCUGAGCUGCGUGCCUUCACCGUGUGCCUCUGGCUGAGUCCCGCCGAGGGGGGCAUCGGCACCCCUUUCUCCUACGCUGUGGCGGAGCAGCCCAAUGAGCUAGUUCUGCUGCAGGGCAUGCACACCCCUGUGGAGCUGCUCAUUAACGACAAGGCGGCAGAGUUACCUCUGAACCUGUCCCGGGGCAGUUGGCACCACAUCUGUGUAAGCUGGAGCCAGAGAGGCGGGGCGUGGCAGGCCUACCAGGGGGGCAAGCUGAGAGGAGAGGGGCAGGGCCUGGCAGCCUGGCACCACAUCAGGCCUGGGGGAGUCCUCAUCCUGGGGCAGGAACAGGACACUCUGGGCGGACGUUUCGACUCGUCCCAGGCCCUGGUGGGGGAGCUAUCCCAGUGGAACUUAUGGGAGCGGGUCCUGACCCCCAGCGAGGUGUCCAGCCUGGCCCACUGCAGCCAGCACGGCCCCCAGGCAAAGGGCAAUGUGGCCCCCUGGACCAACCGGGAAGUAGAGGUGUUCGGAGGAGCCAUCAAGGUGCCCAGAGAGCCCUGCGCUGCUAAACGCAUCAACACCUCACUGUGAGGGGAAGGGAGCCAGGGACCUUAUUCACAAAGCGUCUCAGAGUAGGACUAGUGAUCGAGGAAAAAUCAAUAGGGAUUUUACAGUUACAUACAGUUACAUAUCGCAAUACUAUUUUGGACGAUAUUAUAGCAAUACUUUGUGUUAUUGUUGCUAGGUAGCGUUACCUAGAGCUAGUCAGCUAUGCCUGCGCCAAAAAUCUGUUUUUUUGUUGCUCUCCAUCUUCUUUUUAAAUAGUGAGGCAACAUGUUUUCAAUGCUUUUAUUUCCAUGACUGGUCAAAACUAAUUUCUCAUGGCUCUCUUGUCUCUCUGCAGCAGACAUUUUGAGAGCAAUAUCUUUGGAACAUCAAAUUGCAAUAAAGUAUCGAAUCAAAAUACAUACAGAAUUGUGAGAAUCACAAUACAUAUCGUAUUGUCACCUAAGUAUCGUGAUGACAGUCGUGAGAUCCCUGGCAAUUCCCAGCCAUAAGUAGAACUGUACAUGUCAUAUUAUACAUGUAAUCUUAUUUAUUAUGAUCUAAUAGGCAAAGCUGAUCUUUCAUUAGCAUUUCUGCUUUGAGACUGAGAGCCCUGAGCUGUGUUCAGUAGAGCACAAACACUGCGGAGGUAACAUAUUUCUAUCUGAACGACUUGUUAUGUAGAACAGCAGGAAUGCCUAACUGACAUGUCGAUUAAGGAAUCAUGUGAGCUCUAUUCAUCACAUUUCUAUCUGCAACGUUCAGUAUAUUGUGCAUUUGUGAAUUUGUGAAGUAAAUUGGCGGGUGGAGCUUGGGUGAAAGGGAGUCAGGGAAUAGGGGAAUGAAGCACAUUGUUAGAAGUGGGAGUAACACUGGUUUCUUAACUACUCAUAAAGACUAUUUAUCCCUCAAGGGGAAAUGUUGUUUUGCUUUGCAUGUUUUAUUUAUCUAUGUUUUACAUCUAUUGUUGGUGAAGUUUUUUUCAGAGCUACAGGACAGAGAGUGGGUAGGCCAGCCAUACCUACGUCUACAUUUGAACUGCUGCUUUGGACUUGGUCUGUGGCCAGGCACUAGGCCCUAGGAGCCCAUUUUGUUUUCUCAAUAGGAGCUAAACAAAUUGGGUAUCUAUAGCUUUCUCUAUCCUCUGACUUGUGUCUAACGGAAGGGGAUAACUCAAGUGUACAUUAUGAUUUUAUACAGCAUUUUAUAUGCAGACAUUAAGAAUACACUACCGUGUCUGUAUUGCAUUGGUUUGUUAAAAACAUUUUUUGGGGUAUCAACUCGCUUCAAAACAGCAUUCUUACGGUCUCUCUUUUCAUAUUCCUUCUCGUUAACAUUUGUAUAAAUCGUCUGUAUCUUAGUAGUACGGCACGGCUAAUCAUUCCCUAUGACUAAUAAGAACGACAGAUAUAUAGAUGUGACCUCAUUUAAAUUCAAUAACUGUACCCAGUAAUGUGAAUGUGUGGCUUGAAUUGAUCCAGAAAAUACGUCUUGGACUUUGUCAGUGGUAUUACUCAAGCUUAUUGGUUAACUUUGUUGCACAAUAUGGUAUAGCACAAGGUUUGAUACUUUCUAGACCACCAGAAUAGGUAUUGGUACCAAGUUGUACCGAAAUGUAUAAACUGUGUUAUAUAUAUAAUGCCUUUAUAUUCAAUGUAAAAAGUCAUAGAAAUAACAAUGGGUGUAAAUGCGUCGUUAUGUAUCAAUGCACACCCAUAUAUAAUUCAAUGUAUGGAAUCCCCCUUGAUCUUCGACACCUUGUGACGUGCGGUGAGGUUUGAGGCCGGGUAGGCACAUUUAAAUAAAAGCUGUGUUUAUCGGUAUGACACGAUCACAAAGAUAACCAUCAAACAACCACGACCAACCAUCAAACAGCAGCAGAUAGGCGGCGCAAUCAUUAGACACGCUUUCACAGGCUGUUAUCGCUUGUGCCCCACACAAUAGCCCUGCACGAACAGGCGACUUUCAGCACCACAGACAGCGACCCAAAUGCUAGCGAGUAGGUCUACUUGUAGACAGCGCGACACACACAAAAUGCCUAGUAGUCAGCACUACUGACUGAGAUAUAUACUUUCACUUCUCUGAGCUAUGUGAUAGACAUGUAAUGUCAUGUAAUGUCAUUAGACAUGUAAUGUCAUAACAGUAGACAGCACUACUGUUUACCUGUAAACAAAGUACAUUUGUCUAUCCUUCUGGAUAAAGACGUCAGUGACUGAACUGUAAAGCUCCUCCCUGUUGGCCCUCAGUUUUCAAAGUCUCUUGGUCUCAAUGUGAUGGAGAUGAUGGCAAGGGAUGAGAGUCGUCCUUGAUCGCUCUGGCUUUCGACUGUAUGUCUUUAUCUGUAUCAGCGCAGAAAAUGACUUCUCAAUGGAUGCUGCUGUGGCUGGUGUGGUGAGGACCAGCUGCAGUGACAUUGUUGCCUUGUGACAGUCUGUGUCAGGUCACGCUGGAACAAAAAAGCUGAGGAGCUGUCCAGGUGAUUUGUCUGGUACCAUUUGUGAACUGUACAAUCUGACAAGAUCAGCCUUAAGUCUAACAAAAGCACUUGGCAUAUUAAGACAGGCUCUUGUUUGCUGGUGUCAAUUUUUUUGUGUGACAUUGUUUCACACUUUUUGCAGUCCACUAAGCCAAGGAAACGAAGUUCACCAAAGUGGUCAAACCUGGCUCUCAUCUGAACAUUGACAUUGUCCAGUAUGUUGUUGUAGAUUUUUCCCCUCUCUACUCUGAUCGGCCGUUUAACUACGAGUUUCGUGCCAGGCCCAGAUAAUUGCAUUUCUGCUCGAAUCGCUCAUUGAAACGAUCAAAGUCGUGUCACUGCCGUCCCAGUGCAUUCAGUGUGUCACCGAUCUGGGUAUGGCAGAGACCCAUAUCCAUCAAUUUUGUUCUGCAGAACACAGGAGAGCGCAUCCGUAUCGUUGAGAAUCCCAUCAUAGGUCAUGAGCAAAAAGGAAACACGGUGGCGGUCUCUAGAUGGGUUGCUAACUGUUGUGGUGGAAUUAUUGUCAUCAAAAGGAGAGACUUUUAAGAUUUCUUCAAAACAAUCAAACUUUAUUAUUUAAUUAGUGCACUAAUGGAGCUGGUCAGUCAUCACCCCUGGAGGUGAUCACUGAGAACUCAACGAGCUGGUUUGAGCCACGGCAUUUUAUAGCAAAAUCCAUUCUCCUUCAGUCUGCAUGACACACAACAGGUGUAUGGAAUGUGUCACAAGGUUAAGAUUUGUAUGAAAGACACUUAUAAUCCACAGCAGACAGUAUCUGCCGUAAAAUCAUGAGAACUCAUUGUGUAGAGACCAGUGUUUGUC